AUGGAAGAACGUUUGAAUUACGCAAUACGGUUUACGUUAGCGAUAUAAGCCAUUUUAACGUAUUCCGUCAUCGGCAAGACCAGGCAUGACCGCAGAACAGGGAAGCAAUGACAGGUUCUAAAACAAAUGACUUACGAAAAUAGAAUGUUUACGAUGGAAAAAUAGCUCUCGAAGGUCGUUAGUUUUGAUGCUCUAAUUUAUUUGUAUGGAAUGGACGACGAACGCCACUGGUUCGAAAAAUAUACACUAUUAAUUGAAAGAAAUAUCAAAGGAGUGCAGUAUGGCAUUUAUUCCGUGGCUGUUUUGGGAUUGGCCGUGGCGCUACGAAGUGUCCGACCGUUUAAAAAGUUCACUUCACCACAUGAAAUUCCAGUUGGUUUCUUGGAGAAGCAUGUGACACUCGCUGGUAAGGUCGUCUGUGUAGAGACAUCCAUUGGGUCAUCACCUCCACUGCUGCUGGUUGAUCAUCACCCAGUCGUAGGCUGGCAACUGAGGCAGUCAGCCAAGAAGUGUCUUCCUGUUCAUAUCUCUAGUGUGGACAUUCUAAACAAUGGCGUGUCAUGGCUGCAGCAUGUUGUGGUAGGGACCAACAUCAGAUUUACUCCUCUCAGAGUGAAUCCUGAGUCUCUUAGCUGUAUCAUCAAUUCAGAUACGAAAUUUGGCAAUGUGGGUGUGGAUCUUGUGUCUCUGGGCUUUGCAUCUGUGUCAUCACUUGACUUUCAACUAGAGAAAGACCCUGUGUACAUGCAGUACUAUAAACAGCUCCUUGCAGCUGAGAAUCAGGCUGAGAAGCGAGGGAUGGGCAUGUGGGCUGACAACAGCGAUGGCUGGGUGGCUCACCAAUGGAGGCGGCUCUGGGACCGCCUCAGUUUUGCUCUUUUAUGGCGUAAAAUGCAGCAGAAGUCUGUUGGUAGGCAGGUGGUGAAAAUGGUGAAAGGAUAAAUGGUUCAGUGGAAUAGCAGUGAUCUAGCAUACUCUCGGACAAGGGCACAGCUGUUAGUAAGUGCCAGAUCGUCAGCGUGACCAUCUGUAACCAAAUGCCUUCAAGUGUCUCUGACAUUUAAUGCUCAAUAAAGUUGUUUUAUAGCAUGCUGAUUUCUUUCUGUUGUAGUAAAUGAAUUGGUUGGAAAUAUAGUUACUGAUAUUGUGACAUGAUUA